GGUCUACUUUUUGCCUAGAGAAAAACCAUUAUAAAUAAGUAACAACCAUGAUACAGAUGCUCUACAAGCAAAGGAAUAAGAGAACCAUAAAAACCAAGUUUGAAGUUGUGCCUAAAAGAAUUUUCAUUGUAUUAGUACAAAAUGAUUGUGGAAUUGUGCUUCCUAGUGAUUUUGGUGAUGACUUCGGCAGUGGAAGCUCAACUGAAAACCGGGUUUUAUUCAAGUUCAUGUCCAACAGCCGAGUCCAUUGUUCGGUCCACAGUUGUAUCUUACUUCAACAAUGAUCCAACCAUUGCUCCUGCCUUGCUCAGACUUCAUUUUCAUGAUUGCUUUGUCCAAGGCUGCGAUGGAUCCAUAUUGAUUGCAGGGUUCUCCGCAGAGAGGAAUGCAUUGACAAACCUUGGUCUAAGAGGUUUCGAAGUGAUAGACAAUGCAAAAUCGCAAAUAGAGGCCAUAUGCCCUGGAGUUGUCUCUUGUGCUGACAUCCUAGCAUUAGCAGCACGUGAUGUAGUCGAUUUGACUAAUGGACCAAGUUGGUCAGUACCAACAGGAAGGAGAGACGGAAGGAUUUCUUUAUCAUCGCAAGCCUCAAACUUGCCUUCUCCACUUGAACCUGUUUCCGUCCACAGACAAAAAUUUGCUGCCAAGGGUCUAGAUGAUCAUGACCUUGUUACCUUACUCGGUGCACAUACAAUAGGCCAGACAGAAUGCAGGUUCUUUAGUUAUCGGAUGUACAAUUUCACGCCCACGGGCAAUGCUGAUCCUUCUAUAAACCAAGCUUUCUUAUCUCAACUUCAAGUAAUAUGUCCGAAAAACGGCGAUGGUUUGAGAAAGGUGCCUUUGGAUAAAGAUAGUCCAGCCAAAUUUGAUGUGAGUUUCUUCAAGAAUGUACGCGAUGGUAAUGCGAUUCUAGAGUCAGACCAGAGGCUGUGGGAAGAUUCUGCUACUAGAAGGGUGGUGCAAAAUUAUGGAGGGGUUAUUAGAGGGUUGUUGGGGUUAAGAUUUGAUUUUGAAUUUCCAAAGGCUAUGAUUAAGUUGAGUAGUGUUGAUGUGAAGACUGGUUAUGAUGGAGAGAUUAGAAAAGUUUGCUCAAAAUUUAAUUGAUGGUUUGGGUCCUUUGUGCUCAGUUUAUAUGAUCAAUACUGCUAAAAAAUGCUACUACUUCAUAAGCAGAAAACAGUGAAUAAGUGCUUAAACAAUAGCAUAGUAAAUAGUUGGUUUUUGGUCUUGAAAUGAGCAUGUUUGUAAUUAGAAUUAAACAGAGAAAUAAUUAAAAAAAAAUAUUGCCAAAGCAAUACAGGAACAUGCGCAUUCAUAGUUGAA